AACCUCUGUCUGGUAUCACUUACAGGCAAAUCAGAUAGUUAGCGAAAGCCUACGUAAGAAAUGGUAAGGAUGAUUACUUUAGGCUACCCAUUCUUAAUAUCACUUUCAAUCCUUUCUCAAGGUUUCCUGUUUGCGGUGUCAAAGUCCAUCAGAAAAGCAGAGAACGAUGAUUUACUUCUUGAUACCAUCGCACUGAGAAAAGCUUUUCGGAAAGGAGACACACUAGAGAAGCCAUUAGGGGACCCAAACAACCAAUACAAAACAGACGGAGGCAACAUCUUAAAUGAAGAGGAUGAGAGAAACAUGAAGACCAUAGAUUCUCAACAAACGUACUUAAGUCAUGACGGAAUUCCGCUAAACAUUGGAAUGAAACAGAUGCCGUACCUCGCAUUUAGAAACUCAUUACAUCACCCGGAAAAUGAAGAUCAGAAUGCUGAAUCAGCACAGGAAAGGAGAGAUGUUGGAGAUGAAGAAAAUGCUGCAAAAUUUCCAGUAGGAAGGAGGGAUUUUGACAUGCUCAGGUGCAUGCUUGGAAGAGUCUAUCGACCCUGCUGGCAGAUAUGAUCGUCACAGAAACUAAAAUGUGUUUUCAUGGAUUGAAUGGACAUUACAUAUUUGCAUAUUACAAUGUAUUAGUAACAAUUUAGACAAAAGGAAAACAUCAGUAUUUGUUGUGUAAUUUUAAAUAAAAAAUGUGCAACCAUAA